AUUAAAUUAAGGGGAGUCACCGAGUCGAGUCGACUUCGAGUUCUAUCUUUGUCGCCCGCAGAGCCGCGAAUUGGAUCGAAUUGCUGCCAAGUUCCCGCUCCAACGGUGACUGACAUAUUGAUUAUUGAGUGCAUUUGGUACUUUUCUCGAUCAAUUAACUUGCUAGUGGGCGAAUCGAGAUCCCCAAAUGGAGUUCUCAGUAUGCGGAAAAUUGUUGCUGAUCCACUGAAGCUUCAACUUUGAAGAGAGAGCCACGACAAAGAUGCCUCGAGGAUUCUCUGUGUUGUUUCAGCCACGAUGCCUCCUCCUUUUCAUCGUCUUCCUUGUUUUCCUCGUUUUCGCGCUGUUUACUCCCAAACAGAGGGAAGAGAAACUAGAAGAAGAUCCUGAAAUUACCCACAGGGUAUACUUGGACGUUGAUAUUGAAGAACAGAGAUUAGGUAGAAUCGUGAUUGGAUUAUAUGGCCAGGUUGUACCGAAAACUGUAGAAAAUUUUAGGGCUCUGUGCACAGGGGAGAAAGGUAAAACUACUACUGGAAAAGCACUCCAUUAUAAGGGAACGCCCUUCCAUCGCAUUAUUUCUGGUUUCAUGAUUCAAGGUGGUGAUAUUUUUUACGGUGACGGAAGAGGAUAUGAAUCUAUCUAUGGUGGUACAUUUGCUGAUGAAAAUUUCAGAACAAAACAUUCACAUGCAGGUGUUGUCUCCAUGGUAAACUCAGGACCGGAUUCCAAUGGCUCACAAUUUUUCAUAACCACCAUUAAGUCCAGCUGGCUAGAUGGUGAACAUGUUGUCUUUGGCAAGGUUAUCCAAGGGAUGGAUUAUGUAUAUGCAAUUGAAGGAGGAGCUGGAACCUAUAAUGGGAAACCUAGAAAGAAGGUUACCAUUGCUGACAGUGGAGAGAUCCCCAAGAGCAAGUGGGAUGAGGAAAGAUGAAAGUGUUUGUUAUUAACAACAGCAAAUUUUCGUUUAUUAAUUUUCUUGUUUCUCAUUUUUUGGGUUUCAAGUUUCUUUUUGACACUCCCCUAAUGUCUACUUGUAUGUAAACAAUAUUAUAGAAGUCAUGAUGAACCCAAAGAGAAGUUUAGUUUAGACUCUCUCAGAUGUAUGUAGCAUUCAUCAACCCAAGAUUUAUCAAGCUUAAGUUUUUUUUGUAGUCUA